AAAAGAGAAGCACUGUUUUUGCUAUUUUACUAAAAGAUUCCCAUCUUCUGCUUUCUUAUAUUGUGUUAAUGAAAAAACUUAAACUAAAAUCCAAUCUUAAGAUCCUCCUUUAAUCAUUUCUCCUGUCCUAAUUUCACUGUUUAAAACUCAAAAACAUCACCCUCUUCCUUCUGUUCAAAUCCCCCCCAAAAAAUAACCGUUCUCACUUGAUACAAACUGAUAUUUGAUGUUGCUUCUUUCAUGUUAAAUGGAUACUUUGUUUAGACUUGUUAGUCUCCAAUCCGAUCAAUCUUUCAACUCUAGCAGAACCUCAAGUAGCUCUAGAUCCUCCAGACAAAACAACCACAACAAUCACUACCAGCAAGAAGACGAAGAAUGCUUCAAUGAUUUCAUGGAUGAAGAAGACUUCUCCUCGUCUUCUUCCAAACACUACUAUCCUUAUCAUCAACCCCACCCUUCUAACACCACCACAACAGCCACCGCCAGCACCACUAACACUAGCACCCCUACCCAUCAACCUUUUGAGCCCACUGACUUCUCUUUCUCUCCUGCUUGUGACCUCAGUUUCGAAUUCUCUUCUCACUGGGCUACCAAUAUUCUCCUCGAAACUGCACGCGCUAUUGCCGAUAAAAACAGUGCUCGCGUUCAGCAAUUGAUGUGGAUGCUCAACGAACUCAGCUCACCCUAUGGUGACACCGAUCAAAAGCUCGCUUCCUACUUUCUUCAAGCCUUGUUUAGUCGCAUGACGGAUUCUGGAGAACGGUGUUACCGUACUUUAGCUUCUGCUUCGGAAAAAACUUGCUCUUUUGAGUCAACAAGAAAAAUGGUAUUGAAGUUUCAAGAGGUAAGUCCUUGGACUACUUUUGGUCAUGUAGCUUGUAAUGGUGCAAUUAUGGAAGCUUUUGAAGGUGAAAACAAUUUACAUAUCAUCGAUAUUAGUAAUACAUAUUGCACACAAUGGCCUACUUUUCUCGAAGCCCUAGCCACUCGUACGGACGAGACCCCGCACCUGAGGCUAACCACUGUUGUGGCUACAAAAUCCACUGGUGGUGGAAGUUUAGUCACUGUGCAAAAAGUAAUGACAGAAAUAGGUAACCGAAUGGAAAAAUUUGCUAGGCUUAUGGGUGUGCCUUUUAAAUUCAAUGUUAUUUAUCAUGUUGGUGAUUUAUCUGAUCUAAAUUUAGCUGAACUAGAUAUCAGAAAAGAUGAAGCUCUAGCUAUAAACUGUAUUGGUGCUUUCCAUACAAUCAAAGCCGUUGAUAAUCGUAGAGAUAUUCUGAUAUCAAGUUUAAGAAGACUACAACCAAGAAUAAUCACUGUUGUUGAAGAAGAAGCCGAUCUUGAUAUGGGUAGUGAUGGCUUUGAAUUUCUUAAGGGUUUUGAAGAAUGUGUCAGAUGGUUUAGGGUUUAUUUUGAGUCAUUAGAUGAAAGUUUCUCAAGAACAAGCAAUGAAAGAUUGAUGCUUGAGCGGGCAGCCGGCCGUGCAAUGGUGGACCUAGUGGCGUGUCAACCAUCGGAAUCGAUCGAACGGAGAGAGUCGUCCACGCGCUGGUCGCAACGUCUCCAUGCAGCAGGGUUUAUCCCUAGCAUGCUGAGCGAUGAAGUGUGUGAUGACAUACGCGCCUUGUUGAGGAGGUACAAGGAAGGCUGGUCAAUGGCACAGUGCCCGGAUGCUGGAAUAUUCUUGUUGUGGAAAGAGCAGAAGGUGGUUUGGGCGAGUGCAUGGAGGCCUUGAUUGAUUGAUCUGAUGAUUGAAGAUUGAAGAAACAUUGAUGAAGAUCCAGAUGAAUCAAUCGUGUUAAUUUUCUUAAAAAGCUUAAUUGGACCCAUGGUUUUGGAGUUGGAGAGUGAUUAAAUUCGCACGUGUGACAUGGUUUUUCCUCAUUAGCACGUGCAUGCAUGGGUGGGAGAUUGUUUAUUAAGCUUAAGUGUGUUAAUUGAUUAAUAUUAGAAGAAGAAAUUAAAAUCA